AUGGGGUUGGUUUGGAGUUCAAACCGAGACAAAUUUGAGAACAUUUUGCAGGAGGAUGGAGGAAAAACUUGUUUAUCUUCUGUGGAUGACAGCUGGGACGAUUCCGAGGAAAGCUUCUAUGAAACUGUGGAGAGGCGAUCACAGUCGUCAAGUUGUGAUAAUCUUGUGCCAGAACUCGAGAUCGACUCCGAAAAUUUUGGUAAAAAAUCGCCGACAGCAACGUGUACUCCACGCGAUGUACAACAUGAAGAAAAUAUUUCACAGCCUGUUCUCCAAGUAAUGUCCGGCAACACAGGUGAAUCUUCUAGAAAAUUUUCCGAGACUAACUUUAAACGUAUAGCUGAUGAAGAAGGAAGUGACUGCAUCGAUUACAACAUUGAUAGAUGGAAGACAGAAGUUGGCAUUGAUAGAGUUGACCCAUCAUUGGUUGAAAGGGAAGACCAAAUCACAGAAUGCAGCACCUUUUCGCUGCCAUUAAUUUCAGAGGAAAAACUGGUUCAGGGAAAGUAUUCAGGUAAAAGCCUAUCUAAUCCUGCAAUGCAUCAUGAAGAGAAGCUGAUUCCACAACCUGCUCUUCAAGGAAUGUCUAGCAACAUAUGCAGUUUAAACACGGGUGAAACUUUCAGAGGAUCCUCAGGGACUAACACAAAAUGCAUGGCUAAUGAAGAAGACAGUGGCCGCAGUGUUAAUGGUGUUGAUAGAUGGAUGAGAGAACAUAAUAAAAGAAUUGGUCCAUCAUGGGUUAAAGGAGAAGACCAAAUAAUAGAAUGCAGCACUUUUUCACUGCCUUUAAUCUCAGAGGAAAAGCUGUUGCAGGGAAAGUGUGCAAGUAAAAGCCUAUCUGAACCUGUAAUGUCUGUGGCAGUUGAUAAUAUACAGCAACAGCAGUCUAAAGCACCUCUGCCUUGUGCAUGGCAAGUUGAUAUAGACUGUUUCAAAUCCAAGAAAAAGAAGAAACUACCCAAAAAGUAUUUAAGAGACAGAGAUGAAGACUUGCCGGCUGAUUAUGAUGAUAUUGAUGGCAUGUCUGUUGAUAAUCAAGGACCACACAGGAGAUUUUUGGCUUCUACAAAUAUUGCUUCUCAAGAAAUGAUGGCUGGAAGAAAAGUGCUAGACCUGAGAAGAUGGUAUAAAUAAUUAUAAUGCAUUUGCACCAAAGCUGAAACAUGUUUUAACCCUUAAACUCCCAUGAGUGACCAAGACAGAAUUUCUCAUUGCAUCAUCAAAUCAAUAUCAACCAGAUAAGUGAUGAGAAUAAAGAGAAAUAUCAAUUUGGGAAUAAGUAGUUGAUCCAACAUUAAAUUCUCAGAACUAACAUUAUAAGAAUUGUAUGAUUAACUGUAAGGAGAAUUACAAAUUUGAUCUGGGAGUUAGAGGGUUAAAGCUGCUUUUUCAAACCUGGUUGGAAAUUUUUUUUCAUUACUAAAUUUUCUCUAAGAGAUAUUUUUGGGGUCAAGUUUAGCACAGUAAAAGUAACUGUUAGUGAUAACUUAAAGUUUUAAACCUUAUGUAAAAUUUACAUGUAGUCUUUCAGAUUUCUCUUGCUUAUCUUUUUUAAGUUAAACCUGCUUUAACCACCUGCUUUAACCAAAUAUGUUUUGCUUGACAGGUGUUAUUGGGGCAUUCAUCAAAACAGCUAAAUUUGCCAACCAUAUAACCUCAGUGUAGAGCUUGCAACAUUUGUUUCAAACUUGGGCCAGCAAACACAGUAUUUAUUGGGAGCCAGUAGUUGCUGAUGGGGUGCAUGUAAUUUUCUGUCAUUUGUCUGAGGUUGGUUAUUUCUAUUUCCCAUCCUCUGAGACCCAAGGGUAGUUGGUCAAGAUAGCUUCAUUUUCCCUUUGUCCAGUUGCUGUUGCUCAGCCAAAAAGUCCUUUACCAAAAUUAUCAACUAGGAAAUAUUCUUUGAUAACUACCAAAAAGUUCUCAAAAGUGGCUAACAAAAAAUAAAAUGUGAAAUCAUCAGUUCGGAGAAUGAACUUUUCUGAUCUUUGGAGGUUUAAGUGAAAUCAAAAAGCUAACAUCUAAAAUACAUCAAAUUUUAUAUAAUAUAAUGCCAGGUAUUGUAUAAGCCGGCCUCAAUACAAGAAGUCCUGUGGUAUUUCAUCUGUGGUGUCUUGCUGGAAUUUCCUGUUUAGCUCUCUUGGUGCAGGCAGGUGAGUUCUUUAAAAUUUCUACUCUGUAUGCAGUGAACUCAUGCCUGCAGAAAGCCCUUAUUUGUACAGGCAAUUGCAUGAUUUUGAGUGCAAUUUGGAAUAAAUAAGCCCAUAAGUUUUCUCAAAGACCCCAAAAUUGUGUGAGGCCAUGAGAUUUAUGAAUUGCAGUACUUAUUCUGAAUUGCACAAGAAAAUAUAUGUAAUAAAUUAUAAAUGAUAUACUUAAAAUGAUAUAAGGUAGCAUUUCAUACUUAUGCACAAGCAUAGAUGCAAAUUAUUUUAAAAGAUGAUUCAUUUUAAACCCUGAGAAAGUAAUUUUGUAGUAGGUCAAAACAACCACAUCCAGUUAAGAAAGCAGUUUUUCUCUGUAGUUUUAAAACUUCACAGAGAAACAGAUUGUAACCUAUCUGCGCUGCAAAGCUGCGGAAGGACAAGUGUUCUGGCUUCUAAGCUGAUUCAUGGAAUGUAAUUCAAAAUUUUUAUUUGGGAAUAAUUGUUAUGCACACACUAUCUUCUAGUUUACAGCCCCUCAGUCAAGAGGAUGCACUAAACAUACUGGGAUUCAAACCACCAUUUGGAGAAAUAAGGUUUGGACCUUUCACUGGAAAUGCAACUUUAAUGAGGUAAGAGAUAUCAAGUUUAAGUCUGUCUGAACAUUUUUUUUUUUCACAAAGUGUGAUUUUCAAUAUUACUUAGGUAAAUCUGAAAGGGAGCAGGCCAUCAAAUAUUCCUCAGCCAAAAAGUGUAUUUUGAAUGCAAUUUCAAGCCAAAUGUAAAAAAAAAAAAAAAGGGGGGGAAUAAAUUAGCCAAUAGAAAAACACCAAGGAAAUGGUUUUUUUUUUCAGAAUUUUUGUCCAUGGUAGUUUUUAUGGCGUUGAGAAUAUAUUUUUUCUCUCCUAACCCUUAAGAGAGAAGCACACUAACAUCAGUAUGCAUAUUCUCCAUACUAUUUGCUAUACAUUUCCAAAGGUGCUGACAAAAAGAAUUUGUUCAUCAAUCUUGAGAAUAUUGAGUUGGUGAUCAUUUCGUUUAUUCUCAUCACCUUACUGUGUGAUGCAGGGGUUAUACUGUUGGGAGAAAUUAUAUGCUAUUCACUCGCAGUGAUUAAAGAGUUAAGUGGCAGAAAGCAAUGCAGAAUUCUUCAAAAUUCUUUUCUAAGAAAAAUCAGAACUUCAGUUCUAUCUACAUUACUAACAAAGAGGAACAUAAAUUUAUGCUCUAGAUGGUUCAAACAACUCUGCAAUCACUUUGGAGUGGAUGGGGAUACCUAUAUUCUAUAUAAACCAAAGGGAAAGAGUCGAACCAUUGGUUUGAGUGGAGAAGAAGCCUUACGUCAGCUCAAGAAGGGCCUACAUAACCCUCAGAUGUCUUUCAUUUAUCAUUGUUAUAACCACUAUUUUUGUCCCAUUGGAUAUGAGGAUUCACCCCUUAAAGCUGCUGACGCAUACAGGUGAACUUUAGGCGACCAAUUUUUAACUUUUCCUCUCUGCUUCUCAACACUUUAACUACCAGAAGUGAUGGACACGUAACUUCUCCCAAUAAUCUCCAUACAUUAUCCAGCAAACAGGUAAUGAGAAUACUCAAAUUUAUCGUGUAGAAGUUUUUGUGAUCUUACACCACAUUCUUGUGACUGAUUUUCAAGGGCAUAUGUAGCAGCUAGAGGGGAGAAUAAACAAUUAGAUCUUGGAGGUUAAAGGGGAUAUGACCACUACACUAAUCUUGCAUGUCACAUUAGUCAGUUAACAAACCAUGGGACCUGUCUUAUGGUGGCUUAUUCCAAUUUUAGUGGCAAUUUACUUCAGUCUCUUACUCAGACCUGCUUCUUCUGGAAGGAGAGGCCCUCUUGUCUGGUAGUACAACAUUUUGAUAAGGCCAGAGUUUGAAUUUGGGAAAAAUGUUGAGUCCAGCAGACCGACCAGGAGAUACAGUGACCUAUCACUUGAUGGGUUUGACUCCUGGUUGAGAGGUCUGUAGACUCAACACCUGGUUAGGCCAUUGUGUUGUGUUCUUGGAGGUGGAACAUAAUUAUCUCUUACAUAGCCUCCGUCCACCCAGGAGUAAGAAUGGGUACCAGUUAACUGUUAGGGAAAUCUUAUGAAAUGCUGAGGAGGUGUUGGGGGGGGGGGGGGUCAUGGGAAGUAGCAAUAUUCCCAAUUGCUUCAUGUGACAGAAACCAGGUGAGGAUAAAGCUCUGGCCAAAUGAACCAUUUGGCUCAAGUACAGAUGUCACCGCACUUUUACCAGCUUGCCAACCACGAAGUAACUGCAUUUCCUGCUUUAUAAUUGCCAUUAGUUUCAUUACCUGUUCUUUUACCACCUUGACGAACCCUUUAACUCCAAGAUCAAAUUUGUAAUUCUCCCUACUCUCAACCAUACAAUUCUUAUAAUGUUAGUUCAGAGAAUUUAGUAUUGCAUUAACUUAUUAUCCCAAAUUGAUAUUUUUCUUUAUUCUCAUCACUUAUCUGGUUGAUAUUGUAUUGAUAUUGUGAGGAGAAAUUCUGUCUUGGUCACUCAUGGGAGUUUAAGGGUUAAGAUUUAAAUGUUAGCGCUGAAUAUUGGACAUUAAUUUUUAUAGGGCACAGUUGUAUGAAGAUGAAGUGGAAACAUGGAUUUUGAUUGGGGACCCAAGUUGCAAACAUCCAAGUAUUCACUGCAAGAGGUGCAAAACCAUUGUUAGAAAUUACAUCCAUCCAUGGUUUCAUUCAUUGUUAAUAUGAUUUUGUUGCAAACACUUUCAGUUUAAAUCUGGUGCUUUUUUUUUUUUUAAUAAUUGGUAACCUGUAUCCCUUUGUCUCAGGUGGACUGACAUUCAAACAGAUUUAAAUAAUGAAGCCCCAUUCUACCUCAACAUUCGUCAACUCCAUAAAGGAAUCCUGCAAAGAAAUGUCAAAAAGACAGGAGGAAAUCUUCAUUGUAUCAUGGCUUUCCAGAAAAGAACUUGGCACCACCAUAGGAAACCUGUGGCUGCUGUAGGGAAGAGAGUGUUUCUUGACGAAGAAGAAAGUCAGAGUAAUGGAGACCUAACAGAAGAACACCUGCCAAGUGACUCUAGUGACUCGUAA